AGCUGCUGGGGGCCAUCAGCAGCAGGCACGCAAUCAGUCCGGGCGCUACACUCAUGCUUAUGGCCUCAAUUGAAUCGAGCGAACCCAUUUGCGUCGAUAAGCCGGCUUGAACCAUUAGAACGGCGCGUGACAGGUCAUUACCGUUUGGCCGCGGGGCGCUGGCGGGACUGGUGACCGCCUGGCGCGCGCAGGGGGCGGCACGGGGCGCCCGACGCCGCUGCCGCUGCCGCCGCUCCGGCAGUCGAUAACCGGACGCUCCCCGGUCAACAGUCCGACAGUGGCGGCGCAUCAGUCGAUAGGGUUCGGCCUGAUCCGACGGAGGAUCAAGUCACGGUAGAGGAGUAAGGCUUAGUGGCGAAAAGAGCCAAGUAGAGAGGCUGGAAGACUGUGGACAAGCGUGAGACUGAGCUGAAAAGCACAGGACUUUGGAAAGAGGAGUUGCGAAAGGCUCACUACCGAAGUUACGCCACUCCAUCGAAGUUACGACAGAAGACGUCGAAGCAAAGAAAACUGAAAGCAAAGGUGAGAAAGAAAAAAAACGUCAUUUUCGUAUCAGAACUGAAAUGAGCUAGCUGACUUAUAAAUUUUGAGCUACCGAGACAGCCGAUCUCUUCGAAGGCGCCAGUCUUCACGCGUCUCGUAAGAUCAUCAUUCAAAUAGGAGAAAGGCCAAGUAAGCGGCACAGAGAUUGAUCGCACACCAGAGCCGUGACAGAAGCGAGACCCUAGAAAAGCUCUGUUCUGUCGUUGGAUCUGCUCGCCACCACGGCACACCACCGCGCCACCAUGGGUCUGAACGAGGACGACCUGCGGCAGCUGUUCGCCGGCUACCAGUGCCGCGAUGGCGACGUCGUGUUCGAGCGCACGCCCGAGUCGCUGGUUUGCUGGGACCGAAACGCCUCCGGCCAGAACGGCAUCCUGAUGCCGCGGCCGGCCAACCUGAACCACCAGUGGCCGCUGCAGUACGCGCUGCCGCUCUACGGCUACGUGAUGCCGCUGCUGCUGGCCGUCACCAUCGUGGCCAACACGCUAAUCGUGGUGGUCAUGUCGCGCCGACACAUGCGCACGCCCACCAACCUGGUCCUGAUGGCGAUGGCAGUCUCGGACAUGCUGACGCUGCUGCUGCCGGCGCCCUGGCUGCUCUACCUGUACACCUUCGGCAACUACCACAAGCCGCUCGACUCCAUCUACGCGUGCUACAUGCACGUCACGAUGACGGACACGCUGCCGGCGCUGUUCCACACCAGCAGCAUCUGGCUGACGCUGGCUCUGGCCGUGCAGCGCUACGUGUACGUCUGUCACGCGGCCGUGGCCCGUGUCUGGUGCACCGAGCGACGCGUGGUGCGCGCCAUCGGCUGGAUCUACGCACUGGCGCUGCUCCACCAGGCCAGCCGCUUCUUCGACAAGAGCUACGACCUGCUGGAGGUGAUCCACAUGGGCCGCGUCACGUCCAGCUGCUCCAUCGGCCGACCGCACUGGGUCACCGACGUCAUCAACACCGGCCUCUACUACGGUGUCUACUUCGGCUUCCGCGUGCUCUUCAUCCACCUGCUGCCCUGCAUCAGCCUGGUGGUGCUUAACAUCCUGCUGCUCCGCACCCUGCAGGAGACGCGCGCCAAACGCGAGCGGCUGCUCAGCGGCGUCGGAGGGGCGAACAAGCGGCGCCGGGACUGCCAGCGGCGCCGUGACCCGCACUGCACCACCCUCAUGCUGAUCGUCGUGGUGACCGCCUUCCUGAUCGUGGAGAUCCCGAUGGCCGUCUUCACGUGCCUGCACAUCGUGGAGAACCUGCUCGGCAACAGGGUGGAGCUGCUGGACUACGACAGGCGCCAGGCGCUGAUCGUCAUCAUCAACUUCAUCAUCAGUCUGUCGUACCCCAUCAACUUCGCUAUCUACUGCGGCAUGUCGCGCCAGUUCCGAGAGACGUUCCGCGACCUCUUCGUCACCGGCAAGGUGUCCCAGUUCUCCGCCGGUAGCUGCAAGUACUCGGGCAUCAACGGAAAACGCAACGAGACCAUGCUCUGAGAUCGGGCGACCGGGACGCUGAGGCAGCGGUCCCGAACGCCCGGAGCCGGAGGACCGGCCGAGGCGUCACGCGCUCAGGAAACGUGACGUGGGACUGCCCACUUUACAGGUGACACUGUAAAUAGUAAGUAUUUAUAAUGGCAAUGUAGGUGAGAUUUCAUUGCCGCACGACAGGUAGCCCAGAGUAGUGAGGCAGAAUAUUGUCCACGGCUUCAAGAUAAACCACCUCAGCUGCGGAUAUAAAUUAUAGAUUUACGUCUCCGGGCUAACUUGGAAGAAUCAGUCAUUCAAUGAAAAUACGCUCAGUACAUUUAUACGUCAAGGCUAAAAAGAAUCAAUAAAAAAUGUCACACAGCACGACAUUAAAUCAAAAACAGCUGACACCAAUGCCGCAAAUGAAAUGGCCGUGGGACAGAGCUCACUGUGGAGCUCUGAUGUAUAAUGCGCAGUAGCGACCACAAAGGCGAACCCUCUUUCUCUGAUUGUGUUUGCCAUGCAAACACUGCUAUUGGAUUGCCGUCAUAAACAUACAUAUGCCAGCCGCGGCAACGACAGCCAAAGUCGCCGGCCCUGUACGUAGAUAUAGUAUUCCGAUUGGCUGAUAUAGAAGGCGUGUGUAUCUACAUAGGUGUGCCACUACUUGUGUAUUGCUUUUGUAUAUGUAAAUUGGAGUUCUAUUAUAUAUAUAGCCUGAAAUGUGUAUUGUAUAUCAUGGCUGUUUGCACUUUGUUGUAUUCGUGGUACGCUGUAUAUAGUGAGCCGUUAGCCGUACAUGUGCAGACAGACGCUCGUUAAUGUAUUUUGUUUUGGUGAGUAGAAUGAGGGUGACCGGUAGCAGCAGGCACAAAGAAUGUUCCAAGACUAGAUUCCCGAAGCAUGACGUUUAUUGGUGUAGGUAUAUUUACUUGUUGCUGAUGCCACUGAAAACGUGGAUGCGUUGUGAUGCGCUGUUUUUUAUGGGUGAAAAAUUCAUCGGGGCAGAUGUUAUGGAGGGCAGAAUUUUCCAUUCAGGCACUUAAUUUUAUCGAUUAGUUUCCUUCAAACAACUUUUAUGCUGCUGAGUGCUGAGCUAUCUGUACCUAAAUGAAUUUCGUUUUUCAUUUUCUCAUGUUUGAGACGUCAACAUGCCUGCAGUGGCAUAUCAAUGAUGAAGGCUUUUGAAUAUGUGUUAUAGGGAAAUCGGGUUCACAAUUAUUUGCCAUCAUUUAGAGGAGCUUUAAACGUGUCGGAUGUUUCGUUGUUUGCCGACCAUUUUUCGAACUUCCAUGACACAUUUAGUUGAGCAGUAUAGAAAUUAUGUUGAGCCACCUCAUAAAUGCUGUAUUUAUAGGUUUUAAGACUGCUUUCACUUUAAAAAGUUGUAUUAAUGUUUGUGUAAACAGAAAGAUCAUUGAGGUGUUGAAUAAAAAUGCGUGUAUGUUCACGUUGAGCUGCAGUAUAUCCUGGGAUGAAUUGAUAGCACCAAGAAUGUGAUCAUUUUUUCAUUUUUCAAGCUGCUAAGGUUUUUUAGAACAAAGUAACACGAUUGCCUUCUUGUCAUGAACCAAAAUGUACCGUAAAUAUGAAACUAAAUAACGGCCAUGUUUCCAUCAAUCGGAAUGCCUAAAGAGUGACUUUUACUUAAAUGAAAGUUGAAGUUGAAAGGCGCAGAUAUUAAAGGCACUGCAAGUAUUUUUCCUAUUGUGCUUAUGUAUUUAUUAGGUUACAUAGGUACAUAGGUCUAUUGUACGAUGUGCACAUACGUAUAAUAUGAUUGUUAUCGAUGUGCUUUUCUACAGCUGCUUAUUGCACAAAGAGUCAGCACUAAUGUGAUGCUCUAUUAUCUCUGUUGUGCAAAUACCUGUUUGAUCAAGAAAGGGUUGAAUCGACAUUUAACUUAGAUAGGCGAGUAAACAAAAAUUACACACGGAGUCUGCAUCAUUGAUAAUCGAUCGAAAAUCUUUUACGCGCAUUGACUUGGCUUAUGUAUCUGAAUGUGUUUUAUUCACAGAAAUAUAUAGCCAAUGGGAUACCAA